GAAGCGGCCGGAAUCGUAGCCGGUCGGGAGCGGGAUGCGCCGGCCAUGGCGCUGAGGGGGGAAACGCGUCGCGGCGGGCUCGGUCCCUCCGCCCUCCUUCCUUCGGGGUCCUCUAUGGGUCACGUUUCUCCCCCCACUCCCAAAAAAACAAAAGACUGCGGCGGCCGGCGAAGCGCUUCUUCGACAUCGCUGCACAACAGCCCUGCGAGGUCAUCUAUUCUGGAUUUAGCUCAGUAGGACAUGAAUGAAGAAAAUUAAGUCAUUAUUGGAACUGGAACUUUUUUUUAAAAAAAGCCCUCAUUUACAAUUAUGCUGCCAACUUAAGUUUCUUUUAAAGAUUCUUCUUUUCCAUCUUUUUACAAAGCUUGAACCACAAUGACUUCAGGUUUGUGGAGUCAAGAGAAAGUGACCUCUCCAUAUUGGGAAGAGCGUAUAUUUUAUUUGCUUCUUCAGGAAUGUAGCAUUAUAGACAAGCAGACGCAGAAGCUAUUAAAAAUACCUAAAGGUAGCAUUGGUCAGUUUAUUCAAGACAGGUCUUCCAGUGGGCACAUCAGGAAUAAUCCUUCAUCCAAAAGCAAGAAGCUUCAAGUAGGAAUCAAGAUUUUGGAACAGCCCCACGUGGUCCUGUACGUUGACGAGAAAGAGGUCGUCGAUAUAGAUGAAAAACGAGCUGAGCUGCUGUUGGCCAUCACCAACUGUGAGGAAAGAUACAGUAUAUUUAAAAGCAGAAGCAGGCUGCGUAAGGGUCUCCACAUCGAUGUUGGUUCCCCAGUGAAAGUGCAGCUGAGAUCAGGAGAAGAGAAAUACCCUGGAAUAGUUCGUUUUAGAGGACCCUUAAUACAAGAGAGAUCUCUGUCGGGUAUAUUUUUCGGAGUGGAGCUUCUGGAAGAAGGUCGUGGUCAGGGCUUUACUGAUGGACAGUACCAAGGCAAACAGCUGUUCAGAUGUGAUGAGGACUGUGGAGUGUUUGUUGCACUAGACAAACUAGAACUGAUGGAAGAUGAUGACAAUGAACUGGAGAAUGACUAUGCAGCUCCAGUUGACUCAAUGCAGGUAGACCUUCCUCCUUUGGAGCUCAACUCCAGGGUUUCUGUGAAGAUAGGGAAGAAUAUAGAGUAUGGGACAGUUAUAUUCUGUGAUGUCAUACCAGGAAACGAGAGUUUAGGAUACGUUGUUGGAGUGGACAUGGAUAAUCCAAUUGGAAAUUGGGAUGGAAGAUACAAUGGACAACAGCUCUGUAGUUUUGCAAGUGUUGAAAGCACACUUCUUUUGCAUAUCAAUGAUGUUAUCCCAGAGGCCGUGUCUCAGGACAGGAGACCUCCCAAACUCGCUUAUACUUCCAGGGGUGGUGGUGACAAAACUUUCGGUCAUAGCAAGCCAAAGUCUACAGGUGCACUCUCUGAUCCUGGAAACAGAAACAGAACAGAAUUUUUCUACGCUUUAAAUGGCUCCUCAGUAGAUUCCCAAGCACAGCCAAAAUCAAAAAAUACAUGGUACAUCGAUGAAGUGGCUGAAGAUUCUGCAAAAUCACUCAACGACUCCUCUUCUGGCUUUGGAAAUUCUUCCCCACCGCUGCAGCCUGCCCCGUCAAAUAGUUUAUCUUCCGAAAACAGAUUCCAUUCCCUGCCUUUCAGCCUAACCAAGAUGUCAAGCACCACCAACAGUUCUAUAUCGCACAGCCCCCUCUCCUUAUCUGUUCAGUCGGUUAUUGGAGAAGGGACUUCCGGGCCAACCCAGGAGAGCCCACCAGCCACAGUAGCCCCCAUCAACAUGCAUGGCCUCGAAGCUGGCUCUUUAGCGGAAGUGAAAGAGAAUCCUCCCUUCUACGGAGUCAUCCGUUGGAUCGGGCAGCCGCCAGGGGUCAACGAAGUGUUAGCCGGGCUUGAACUGGAAGAUGAAUGUGCAGGUUGCACCGAUGGGACUUUUAGAGGGACUCGUUACUUUACCUGCGCACCAAAGAAAGCUCUUUUUGUCAAACUGAAGAGCUGUCGACCCGAUUCCAGAUUUGCUUCAUUGCAGCCGGUGUCCAAUCAGAUUGAACGUUGCAAUUCCUUAGCUUUUGGAGGCUAUCUCAGUGAAGUUGUUGAAGAAAACACUCCUCCAAAAAUGGAGAAAGAAGGAUUGGAAACAAUGAUUGGAAAGAAAAAGGGGAUCCAGGGUCAUUAUAACUCCUGCUACUUAGAUUCCACCUUAUUCUGCCUGUUUGCAUUCAGUUCUGUUUUGGAUACAGUCUUGCUUCGGCCCAAAGAGAAGAAUGAUGUAGAAUAUUACAGCGAAACUCAAGAACUGCUACGGACAGAGAUAGUAAAUCCUCUUCGAAUAUACGGAUAUGUGUGUGCCACAAAAAUAAUGAAGCUGAGAAAGGUCCUGGAAAAAGUUGAAGCAGCAUCAGGCUUCACAUCUGAAGAAAAAGAUCCAGAAGAAUUUUUGAAUAUUUUGUUUCAUCAUAUUUUAAGAGUAGAACCACUCUUAAAAAUAAGAUCGGCAGGGCAAAAAGUCCAAGACUGCUAUUUUUAUCAGAUUUUUAUGGACAAGAACGAGAAAGUUGGAGUGCCUACCAUACAGCAGUUACUGGAAUGGUCUUUCAUCAACAGCAAUUUGAAAUUUGCAGAGGCCCCAUCGUGUCUGAUAAUUCAGAUGCCUCGAUUUGGCAAGGACUUCAAAAUGUUCAACAAAAUUUUCCCUUCUCUGGAAUUGAAUAUCACAGACCUGCUUGAAGACACCCCGAGGCAGUGUCGUAUCUGUGGAGGACUUGCGAUGUAUGAAUGUCGAGAAUGUUACGAAGAUUCUGACAUUUCCUCUGGUAAAAUCAAGCAGUUUUGCAAAACUUGCAAUACACAGGUUCAUCUUCACCCCAAAAGGCAGAGUCAUAAAUUCAAUCCAGUGUCACUUCCGAAAGAUUUACCAGACUGGGAUUGGAGGCACAGCUGCAUACCUUGUCAGAAGAUGGACCUCUUUGCUGUUCUUUGUAUAGAGACAAGCCACUAUGUGGCUUUUGUUAAAUAUGGCAAGGAAGACUCCUCUUGGCUCUUUUUUGAUAGCAUGGCUGAUCGGGAUGGAGGUCAAAAUGGUUUUAACAUCCCUCAAGUGACUCCGUGCCCAGAAGUUGGCGAGUAUCUGAAAAUGUCUCUCGAUGAAUUGCACUCUCUGGACUCGAGGAGAAUUCAAGGCUGUGCGCGGAGGCUCCUUUGCGACGCUUACAUGUGCAUGUAUCAGAGCCCUACGAUGAGUUUGUACAAGUAAGACAUGGAGGACUCUCAUGAGAAAUGAGCCUCUUGCCAGGGACUAGAACUGUGGCCCAAGAAAGCUCAAUGGAGCUGUCGGCUUCUCAGCUUGUGCGUCUGUUGCUGGCAAUGGAUGCUUCGAAGGGUAUGGAAAUCAAAGAACUAGAGAGAAGAAACAGCUAUUUUGACAGAAAGAGGGAAUGGUGCGGUGUUGUGUUGCUAAGACACUCAAGUGUUUUCGCUCUUGGACACUGUGUGUGUGUGUGUGUGUGUUUAAAUAAAAAAAAGUCUAAAUGAAGUGAUUGUAAUGUUUAGGUUGUGUUUCAGAGAAACUGUUUACAUAGACCGAAGAUUACAUCCCCUCUGGAGCCUUCUGUUGAUUCUUCUGAUCCUGCACAGCCUAAAGGAAGAGGACUAUAUUUGGGGGGUGGAUGGGGUGGUUGUAUGUUUCCCAAUGUUGUAUCCAUCAUGUCUGUACGACCAGCCUUAUGACCUUGGCAUCAAGGGUCUUUUGCUUCCUAUUUUGACCUGGAAUAAGUUAAAUCACAAAACCCAAAACAUCACUGAGUUGAGUGUAUCAAUGCAGAUAUACGUGAUCAGUUCAUCAGUCCAGUCCAGCCCUGGACCAAGAAUUCUCAUGGUUUUCUUCGAAAGCAAAUGGGUACCUUCCAGGAAAAGGAAGAAUAAGGAUCUUGCAACCUUGCAGCAGUACUCGGAAUGGCCCCCCUUGGCAAGAUUUGCCUCCCUUGCACAACUUCCUGAAUCCUGUUCCAUGCGCUUGAUGUAAGGUCAUUUUGGAAAUGUGUGGAUGAACCAGUAGGACGUCUUUCCAUGGACAUGCCCAUCUUCAAGGCUAAUCCUGAAAGGCAUUAAUUCCAUUGCUGUCUUCAAGCUUGAUUUCCAUAAUGGAAGAAUCCUGAAAACCUGUUUCUCUCUCUCUCUCUCCCUCUCCCUCUCUCUCUCUCUCUCUCUCUCUCAAUGAGUUUUGGCAACUUUUUCAGCAUGUAUUCUGCAUGCCUUAGGGAAGAAUCUUGGUCAAUUUUUCAGAAAGUACCCAAUUACUUGGAAGGUCUGAGGCUAUUCUCCUUUCCUCCAGUGACCGGGUGGGGGGAGACCCUCUGACAACUUGCAAUUCAGUGUGGUUAAAAAGGGGAUGAGAUCAAUUCAUAUCAGUUCGAGAGCUGUCGUAGAGAUCAUUAAAAAACCCCACUCCAUUACAUUAUCUUUCUGUGUUCUGUUAGGUAAUAGCUUAUGGGUUUGCAUGCUUCUGCAUCGAGAGGGCAAAUUUGGAUUAUGCAAGAAAUCCAGUCUUCUAAUAGAUUCGUUCCACAGUUCUGACCGAAGGAAUAUGAGUCAAGCUUAAUCCCAUCAAGAUAUUCUUUGCUGUUUCGCUAUCAGAAUAGGCUGCCUUUUAUCGUUAUAGUUGAUGAGCCCAAUGGGACUUUUAGGUACUGUAUGUUGAUUGGAUGGAUUUGACAUUGUCUUCAGGUCUACGACAAUUUGCCACGGACAACUCAUCACAAACAACUUGCCGUGGGAUAAGAGCUACACUAAUAUUGAAGAAAUAGUGGAAUAGAAUCAUUAAAGAAUGCCAAAGGAGGGACAAAAUGAAAUGUGAAUGACAACAAUUAAAAUAUUUUUUAAAAUUUAUUUUAAUUAACUGAAUUGUUGAUGUGUUCCGUGGCGAGUUGCCCAUGGUGAGUUUCUUGCAUCGAGUUGUCCCACUCCAGUGUCUACAAAAUAGGGUUGUGAGAGCAAUAGUCAGCAUAUCGUGCAUUUGGGAUAAAUAUACCCCAAAGACAUCAUAUGUAAUAGCAUGUUUAAGACCACAGUUGCUAGUUGUUAUUGUGUACUUAUUUUUUUUGUCUCAGGGAAUGCCUUGGAAAUGAAAUCUGUUGUCUAUUAAAUGGAAGGCAAACAUUGUAUUUUUUUUCUUUCGGUUUUGUACUCACACAUUUAUCAUCUCAAAGGAUUAUAUUGAGCCAGUGUGUAGUUAAAUCAUUUGACUUGCUGUUCAGUACAUGGCAAAACAUUACUAGCUUGUUUGAAGUAUUCAAUGUCGUAUUGAGUAAUUUUAUGAACUGUAGCUGCAAUAGCUUUUCUGCAGUAUGGAAGAAAACCUGCUAUCGUUGCCUUAGCUACAUUUUGAAAACAGUAGCUGAAGGCAUGUGUGAGGUGAGGAGAAAACAAACAAACCCAUGAAUGAUCUAGAGACGGAUUGUACGUUAUGAAGUAGAUCUUUUUUUUUUAUAAAAAAAAAACAAAAUUUUAGGAUGGAUGGUUGGUGUUGAAUGUAAUUAGUCUUCUAAAGCUUUUUUCAAUGGUUUCUAAUUGCACAGCAGGGCUGCCAACUCAUUGCAUUAAUUCUCAUUUGUGUAACUUGUGAUUGGAUGCCCUUCUUGUUUCUACUUACCCUGCUUUUCCUUUGAGCAUUCGUGGGAACCUCAGAAGAUAGUUGGGAAAUUGUGGUUUGAGAGCUCCAGUUGCCUUGGACUGAGAGGGAAGCGGCAAUCUUGAUGGACCAGCAGGAUGAAAGAAUGUGGGCAGGUAAUGAACUCAGUGGAAAGAGAUACCGAUCAGAAAACAAGCUGCGUCUUUUUGUCAGGUUGCAGGGGUGUGGAGAAUAAGGAUUGGAACCCAUCCCUACAUCAUCCAAAGUCAUUCUUGGGUCAUCUGAGGAUGCGGACAAAAGUUUAUAGGGAGGCGAGAUCUGAAUAAAACAACAGGGUCUAGAAAGCCGGUGGCCAGCUGAAUCUUGGGAACUUGUCUCCCUUUUAAAUCAAAUCACAUCAGAGGUGGUGUAUGAGAUAUGGUUCGGUGGUUUUGAUAAAUAAUGAUAAGUUUGCUUCCUGAUGUUGCAAUCGGAGGGGAAAGUCUUCGCUGGUGAUAGAUUCUCCCUUUUGAAUGUGCAGUGCAGUAAAAACAGACGUGGCAAUUGCUCCCUUUCCUGUCCCUUUCUAUUUCCUCUUCUGUUUCAUCCGUUGUGAUUUUGGCAUUUUUGAUACCCCUCUCUAAAAGGUCUCCAGCGGUACUAUGAGAAGUGAACUUUUAAGCCAUGGCCCUGCAGAAGCAACUCAACAGAAGUGAAAAUCGUUUCAUUUCUGAGAUCAUGUUUUCUAUGUCCGCACAGACUUUGGUGUGUAAAGCAAGACGUUAUAAAAGUGUCGCCUUUUCGGUUUCCCCAGGGCUGGGAUUGUCAUGAAGAAUAGCGCUUGAAUCAAUAUGAAAGCUGGAUUGGAUUUUUAUCUUGACCUGAACUGCCUCUUUCGAGGUUUGGGUUUUAUUUAUUCUGCCAUUGUAACAAACUUAACGUUCUGCAUUGGCUUGCACAAUUUUUAGAAGAACAAGAAUAAAGGUUUUGUGGUUUUGAAUGCCGUUGUCUCCUCUACUGAGUGUCUCAACUGAGAGCUUAGGAAAUUUUUCAGAUUGCAUGUGUGAAGCCUUAAUUUCUUCAGACGAGAAAAGAAAUGAAACCCUAUAUUAUUUCUGUACUAAUAUUUAAUAAACCCAUCAUUUUUG